GGUCGAAGUGGGUGGAGGAAGGAGGGCAGAAGGAGAGGAGUGAGGAGGGGAGCGGAGGUAAGGGGAGGGGAAGAGUUGUCGGUCCAUGACAUGAAUGAACCAUGUUCGGUAACGGAGGCUUAGCUCUCCCGGUCUGCUCCUUUCUCCUGCUGCACCUCCCGGUUCUCCCGCUGACCAACAACUGGCCCGUUAAGGACAGAAGUGAAGGGAGAGUGGAGCAACGUAACAUCCAUCUACAGUCACACAGCUUUGGGAGUCAGAAUGUGAAACAGACGAGCAGUAAGGAGGAGGUGUUUCAGUGGUGGGGGGAGUGGUCCAGUUGGUCCUCUUGUUCCAGGAGCUGUGGAGGAGGAGUGAGGAGUCAGGAGAGACAUUGUCUCAUACAGAGGCUUUCCACUACCCAGAAUGUAAACAGCUCCUAUUGUGUUGGCUCUCCUAAACAGUACCAGCUCUGUCCAAACCAGCCCUGUCCCAGCCCCAGUGUUAGUUUCAAACAGCACCAGUGUUCCCAGUUCAAUUCUAAAUCUUUUGGAAGAAGAUACUACCAGUGGACACCUCUUUACCCAGCUGAUUACAUCAGCAUCUCUAGUAAGCCAUGUGACCUGCAGUGUACAACCAUCAGUGGCGAGCGACAGCUGCUAGUUCCCGCCCACGAUGGCACUUUCUGCCGCGAUGCCAAAUACCAUGGAGUCUGUAUCGAGGGAAUAUGUCAGCCUGUAGGCUGUGAUGGGGAGCUGUACAGCAGUAAGACAGUAGACAGAUGUGGAGUAUGUGGAGGCAACGGGACGUCAUGCCAGCGCAUUUCUGGAUCAUACAGGAAGGCACUCACACAGUUAGGCUACGUGUUCAUCAUCAACAUCCCAGCUGGAGCUUCUGACAUUCAGAUCAUAGAGAGACACAAGACUGAGAACAUCCUGGCCCUGUCAGAUGAAGCUGGUCAUUUCUUCUUCAAUGGAAACACUGUGUUUGACAACCCUCAAAACUUCCGCGUGGCAGGAACAGUGUUUAAAUACCGACGCCCUAGCAAUGUGUUUUCUGAUGGGCUUGAGUAUAUCAUUGCCCAGGGACCAACACUUCAGGGCCUGAAUGUUAUGUACUACAACCUGAAUGGGAAGCUCCCUCAUAUCACCUACGAGUUCACCAUCCCCCGCACGUCUGAUGACAUGAUCACAGCCGCUGGGGGCAUCACAUCAGGCCCCUCCCACUCCCAUCUUAACCUCACCUACAAUGAGGUAAAUGAGGAUGUGAGGGGGGAUCAACUCAGAGCAACCAAUCACAGCAGAGCGGGUGUGACACCUGUCCGUCACUACAACACUCAGCUGGAAUCUGAUGACCAAUCAGACGUCCAGCUGGAGGAAGACGAGGAGGAGGAGGAAGAGGAGGAGGAGGAAGUAGUGUGGGAGAUCAGGACCCCCAGCCCUCCACCACCUGCUGCCAUGUUGGUGUACAGACCAGCCGACGUCACCAGUCAUGUGUUCGGCCAUAAUGAUGUCGAGGAGCAGGGACCUCCAGUCCCAUCUGGUUACCGAAGCUCCUCCAACUCAAUCGAUGAGCCUUCCACUGCUGAUGACAACACUCUGCUGCUCUCUUUUCCAGGUAGUCAGAGUGUUCACCCUGCAUCCCUGCCAGAAGACGCCCCCUGUCUGCUACUGGAGGAUCUGCAUUUUAACCAGACACAGUCAAACACACACUCUGUUAAACACACACUCACUGAUUCACGUUCACCAGCAGAAGCGCAUGCAGAAACAAAAGCGGACACAGGCUCACAGUUGGAAAUACACUCAGACAUGCUCACAGUUACUGACACACACUCUGUUGCACGCAAAGAAUCAGAAACUGGCACACACUUGGACACACACACGGCCAUCUUGGUACAGCUGCAACAGGUGUCUGCAGUCCAGGCAGCCAACACAGAGAGCAAUGACUUUGAUGUGGGUCUGGACCCAGAUAUCAGUCUGGCAGACAUGUAUCGCUGGAAGGUUUCUGCUUACGCUCCAUGCAGCUCAACCUGUACGACAGGUAUCACCACUAGCUAUGCCCUCUGUGUACGGUAUGAUGGUACCGAAGUGGAUGACAGUUACUGUGACUCUCUGACCAGACCUGAGCCCACACAUGAAUUCUGCACUGGAAAAGAAUGUCCUCCAAGAUGGGAGACCAGCGGUUGGAGCGAGUGCUCUCGAACAUGCGGUGAGGGCGUCCAGUACCGUACAGUGCGCUGCUGGAAGAUGCUGUCGCCCGGCCUUGACUCCUCUGUCUACGACUCGCUGUGUCUGUCACAUGACCUUCACAAACCAGCCAAUAGAAAGGUCUGCGUUGGCCAGAGCUGCGGACCACAGUGGGAGGUGUCUGAGUGGUCAGAGUGUUCGGCUCGUUGCGGCUCUCGUGGUGUUCGUACUCGAGAGGUUCGUUGCUCCAUGGAAAUAAGACUGUGUAACAAGUCCUCACAGCCAAUAGAAGAGCAGGAAUGUGAAGGCCCGCCUUGUGACAGAAGAUGGACAGUUUCUGACUGGGGACCUUGCUCAGGUGUGUGCGGUGAGGGAAGGAUGGUGCGUGCUGUGAUGUGUCGUUCAUCAGGUGGGAUAGUGAUGUCAGAGGAGCAGUGCGACCAAUCACUGCGCCCACUGGCCAUCUAUCCCUGUGGCGACAGAGACUGCGCCCCCCAUUGGGUGGAACAGGAAUGGCAACAGUGCAAUGCCACGUGUGGGCGCGGUGUGCGGCAGCGUCAGGUGGUGUGUGCCGGGCUGGAAGGCGGUGUGUUCAAAGAGUUUCCAGACAGCAACUGUGACCAAACCAACAAACCAGAGACCAGCUCCUCCUGCUUCCAGAGACCCUGCUCCAAGUGGUUCACCACAUCCUGGUCUCAGUGCAGCAAGACCUGCGGGAGUGGCGUCCAGGUUCGAGAAGUGAAGUGUUACCAGGGGGAGGAGCUGGUAACCAGGGGCCACAGCUGCGACUCUGCCCUCAAGCCAGAAGCCAGACAGAGCUGUGAAAUCCAGAGCUGUCCGACAGAAGCACCAGCAGCAGCCCCCGCAGCAUCAGUAGCAGUGGAUGACUCCUGUCAAGACAAACCAACAGCCAACUGUGCCCUGGUCCUAAAGGUGAAACUGUGCUCCCAUUGGUACUACAGAAAGGCCUGCUGCCAAUCCUGUAAGGCACCAAGACCCUGACACUAUAACCUCUCACCUCAACCCCCUUAACACAAACCACUGGUACCAAAGGUCACAUUACAUUGAUAUUGGUGCUACACAACAGCCUGCUGCUAGCGAUGUAAGGCCUUCAGACAUUCAUUUUAAGCUUGUAACUCUUCCCCCUGUCACUGAUGUCAAUCUGUGGUCACUGUCUUCACCUCCUUCCUGUCAACGUUAUCCCCUUUAGUCUUGGUUCUGUGCCCCUCCUUAAAGUAAAUCUGUUCUUGUGUGUAGUAUCAUCAUUACUAAAGACAACUGUUCAGACUUACUGCUAGAGCUUCCUUGUAGAGUCAUCAGUACAGCUCCUGCUCUGUAGCAAUAUUUUACAACUGGACGUCUGUCUGAAGUACUCAAAGCAUCAAACCGCUCUAAACCGCUUCAUGAGUUAGCCUACUCCAAGUGACGGAGGCCGUGACCGUUUACCCUGCUACUAAAUGUAUUCACUGACCACCACCUCCCCAGAAAUGUGAAGAUAGACUAGCUUUAGGACAUACUGGGCUUUCUGUUCAUCUGUCCCCUUAACUCUAGAAUAAUCUUUUGAUAAACACCCUUCCUCUUUUUCCUUAUUUCUUCUUUAUUCAUUAUUUUGUCUUUCUCACCAUUUUGUCCAUCACUCCCACCCCAUUUUAAAGCUGAUGCUCCCCAUCCUAAAUAUCUAUAAUUCCCUCACAUCUUCAUAUGGUGCUAAGUUCCACUAAAGAGGGUUCAUGCAGAGCACGUGAAAGCCCUCUGGCAGCUUGUUUCUGUGGCAGCACACAAGGAUGGCCUGGACCAGGGACAAAACUGCGACUGAGCCCCCUCAGCCUUGGUCCAGUCCUGUUUUAAAGUACAAAGUUUGGUCAGGUUGUACCACUGGUGUCAUGCUGAUAUGUAACUGUGCUCUUUUAUUUCUGCCAUUUGAAACAUGAAUUUCCACAACACAGCCUCCUGUCUUAGACUGAUUUACUGUCAGCUUCACUCAUGUCACAUUUUCUACACUGUACCAAAAAAACUGAUCACUUCUUCAUUAUGAUUAGCUGAUCCAUGUCAAGGCUCCAUUUUGCCCACAAAAUAACAAACUGUGGCACUUCUCCUAAAAAAAGAAGUUCUUUAAUACAUCUAGCUGAGCGUGGAUGGAGCAGCUGAAGCACCUAGCUUUUUGCCACUCACACCCAGACUACUACAUCAUCAAGACAAGUAACAGUUGAUGGUAAUUGAACUAAACGCACACAGCAGCAGAAUAAAGAAGUCAAAGUGCUUAUAUAAUAAUCUAUAACACUGAAAUAUAACAGUGGUUCUAUUUACUCCUACCACAUACACAUUACAACACCAGAUCAGCACCUCAAGUGGAAAGUCAAAGCAACCAUCAUAAAUCAGUCAGUGUUUUAAAUGCACAGUUUAAAGUCCGUGUAAAGUCAGAAUAAAUGUGUUUGUCAGACCAAAGAAGAAAGUGUUAUUAACCACCCAGCCAAAUUUGAAUGAUUAAAAAUAUCAACAAGUUUAUGAAAUUAGGUGUCAAUGUGUAACCGGAAGUAAUUUCCUUGUGUGUGUUCACCUACCUGGCAAAUAAAAAGUGAUUCUGAUUCUGAUUCUGAAAAUCAGGUAAAA